AUGAAUAAGGUGAAACAAAAUAAGAAAGCUAUAAAUAAUAAAAUUGGAAAUAAAAAAAAAAAACAUGUGAAAUUUAAGAGAGUUAAAAAAGUACAAUUUAAAGGAGAAAAAAAAAUAUUAAUAAACAAAUUGAAAAAUAAUCAAACUCUCAAAAAGACACAAAAAAAAAGAAAAUUUAAUACAGCAUACAAAAAAAAAGAAUAUGAAAAAAAGUUACAAAAACAGGAAAAUGAAUAUGUAAAUUUAAAAAACCAACUAGAGAAUGAACAAUUUGAUGAUAAUAUACAUUGUGUCUUUGCAUUGAAAAAUAAUGUCGAUUGUAUUAAUCCUAAAUCAAAAGAAAUUCUACAGGAAUUAAAUUUGCAAGACACAUUUAAAGGAGUGCUAUUAGUAAAUAAUAGAGAGAAUAUGGAAAAAUUAUUCCUUGUAAAACCUUAUAUAUGUUAUGGAUAUUUAAAAAAAUAUAACUGUUACAAUUUAUUAGAAAAAAAAUUAUAUUUAAAAGAUAAUGAAGAAAUAAAACGAUGCGAUUCGAAUAAACUAAUUGAAAAACUAUUUGGAAAUGAAGGUAUAAAUUCAUUCCCUUUAUUUUGUGAAUAUAUUUUUGAAUGUAAAAAUAAUGCAGACAAAAUAAUGAAAGAAUAUAUUAUUCCAUUUGAUUUUUCAUUUUUAAAAAAUUCAACAACAUUUGAUUUCUUGCAAUUCAAAAAUGAUCUUGUUGGUUUUAUAAAAGAUGAAAUAAAUGACGUCCUAGAAAAAAUUAUCUAA